AAAUAUUUGACCGUUCUUUUAUGUUUUUGACAGUAUACUUAUACAGAGCCACAGGUGAGCAUUUCGUCAGUAAAUAGAACUCACAAGCAUCCUAUCACAAAAGUUUUUCUGAUGGCAUUUGCCAUCGUUGUUUGAUUUUGUAAUCCAAUCCAGGUUAUGUUUGACAACUUUGAGAACUGCAAGUUUGAAAUAUUCAGGUUACAACAUCAAAUUAGUUGUGGUUUGUAACAUUGUAAGGUUGGAGAUUAGUCAAUUAGAGAUCUACCAGAGGCAUCAGGAAGGGUUUUAAGGAAUAGAAAGAAAAAUAAAAAUCUUAGUACCCUUUUUGAAAUAUUUAAUCACAACAUGUUUCGGACAUUGAUGCCAUUUUCAAGUGAUAUGGAGUAAAUGAAAUGGAGUAAACAUGUUGUGAUUAAAUAUUUCAAAAAGGGUUUUAAGGUUAUGGUUGAAUCAGAUUAGGUUUUAAAAGAUUUAGGUUAUAGUUGAGUUUUUAGAUCAGGGUUUUAUAUGUUCAAUUUGUGGUUUUUGAUCUCAUUUCAUUGAAUUUUCCAGAAAUUAUCAUGCUAUCUCAAUUAUUUUUUGAGGGUGGAGAGAGGGUAUUUGAUGAAAUCAAUAUGUUUUAAACAUUUUUCAGGUCAUUGAUAAGGAGCUGACCUAAUGUCUGAGCGACCUAAACUGUUGGAGCGACCUAUGCUCUGUCAGAGUUGGAGGAUGAGCCGCUUUUCCCCGCUAGCGGUCCAAGCAGGCAACGACCAAAAUGAUCACUGACACAGUCUAUCUGGAUCUACCCAGUCAAAGACCAAGGCAACACAUUAAGUAUCAAGUAGCCUAUAGUAUUACUUUAGGAAGAGUUGGUAGAAGAAACGAAUGAGACGUGGUGCCUUGGAAAAUGAGGUAUACGUGCCUACACACAAGGAGGAAAGCCUGAAUUGGCGAGCGAUCGUAUUUCUUCCGUUCAACACCUACUGGCGUUUCCUGUUACUCGUAUUCUGCAUAUCAGAAUUUGUCACCGUAGUCUACAUUGAGGUAUUCAAAAUGACCUACAACUACCAGAGAACCGAAAAUCUGAGCAGCCUGCUCCAUAUGGUGGACGCACUAUUCGCCAUCGAUCUCAUGUUCUCAAUAAUCCAUAAGACUUGGCUACCUGUCAACAAGUCCAGAACGUGCAUUUCGAAGAGUAUAAUCGUGAUACUUGUGGAUUUGUUCAGUUUAAUUCCGUUCUAUCUGCUGAUUGAGGACUCGUUCCUUACGAGCGAGCACACUGUCAGCUGGCUGGCUAUCCUCAACAUGAACCGAUGUUGUCGUAUCUACAGAGUGUUCCUCGAAGCAUUCCGACUAAGACAAGUGAUGGGUCUGAACCGGGUUGUGGUCACGUUCCUCGCUUUCAAUGCAAUCUUCCUCACCAGUUCCCUGAUCCUGGGCACAGUCUGGUUUGUGAUGGGUUACACUCAGAUGGAUGACUAUGGAUCGGAGUCCUGGCUGUCUAGAAUCGGAUUAUUGCGGCUGGAUGUUGACAACCCCACUGAGAUGUGCAUCUUCUCGUUCAUCUACGCUCUCAACACUCUGAACAACAAUCUGACCGCCGAUUUGAGAACUGUGACACUUUGGGAACUACUCUUUGAGGAUUUUUUGAAGUUGAUGGGGUUUGUGAUGAAGCACGGGCUGGGGAUAGCUUUCUUUAUUUCGAGUAUCAUAGGGUUCCAUAGACACCAGUAUAAAAUUAGAGAGUAUAUCGAUAUUAAUAUGCAAUACCUGGAGGGAUACAAGGAGAAAGAAGUGAAAGAUUACUAUAAUACUUUCUGGCAUGUGUGGUCAGGUUUACAGACAUGUCCGUUGCUUGACGAGCUACCUCUAUGCUUACAAAAAGAUCUUUUAACCGAUAUUUACUGGGAUGCAAUUGAACACUCCAAUGUUCUUCGUAAUUUCGAUAUCAGUAUCAAAAGACACAUCAGUCUUUUUAUGAAAUCGAAGUUUCUACAACCAGGUGAUUACAUAUACAGGAAAGGGGAGAUUCGUUACGCUUUUUACUACAUCACACACGGUGUGGUGGAGGUGAUGUCCCACUACGACGGAGUCUCUCCCAUCCUCACAAUCAGCAAGGGUUCGUGUAUUGGAAGUAUGGCGGUCGGCCUCCCCUCAAAGUGUCCAACCGAUGUCAUCUGUUCGACGUUUUGCGAGGUCUUCUACCUCACUUACGACAAUCUGAGAACAGUUCUAAUGAUGUACCCUCCAUCCGAAGGCUCGUUCACACUGUCCAGAAUUGUCAAGAAGCAAACCGAGCAUGCCAAACUGAUGAUUUGUUUGUCGACGGCGUACUCUGUGCAUGACAGGAUUCAAGACAUCUAUGGAGUGCCACAUAGUGGCAAACUCAAUUGGAUCAAAAAUCGAUGGAGGACUCUGCACAAAAUUGGAGAGCUCAUUCCGAGCGCUCUCACUACAGACAAGGUGAUCACCAAACUCAAGAACGAGCACCUCCCAAUUGAAACCACGCACACCUCCAUGAAUCUGGAUUUGAUUGUACUCAGCACAAAAGCCUCCACUUCCGCAAGUAGAUGCUGUCUCAAAUCGUCCUGUUCCUACAUUAUGGAGCCACAAAAUAAUUUCUUAAAAAUCUGGCUUCACUUAAUGAUAGUCAUGGUCUCGUUAGAUUGUUUUAUAAUCCCUUCAAACAUCGCAUUCGGGUUUAUUUACAUUGAGUGGUUGAUAAUCUGGAAUCAAAACAUUGCUCUGUUGUACAUGUUUGACAUCUAUUUUCAAGCGAUCACUGCUGUCAAAACUAUCGAUGAAACAAUAACUGAGCCGAUGCCUCUACUCAGGCAUAGAUUGAAGAACAUAUUUUUCCUGCUUGAAGCAGUGGCAGCUAUACCGAUCGGCACCAUAGCCCGUUUGUUCUCAGCUGACGGAAAUUUGUCCCCCUAUGUCAACAUUCAUCGACUCCUAAAAAUAGUUCAUGUUUUCUGUUUCUUCAACUACAAGUACACGCUGAUUAUGGGGAAAAGAUUGCUUAUCGAUAUUAUCAAGUAUGUGUAUGUGAGUUUCUAUCUCACCUACUUUGCGAGCUGUCUGUUUUUUGUUAUGGCUUGUCAGCUACAAAAAGAUGGACAAAUGCUGUGUGAUACCAGGUCCUGGUAUAACUGGGGUAAAAUUGUGCGUCGAUCAUUCCAACUCGGAGAGGACAUUACAUACUAUUCAAGCUAUUUUUUGAACAGCCUUUCCUAUUCACUCAUCAUGUGUUUGAGAACCGGCGUACAGGACAUCCUCCCAAUCAGUUUCAACGAUAUAGUACUGUGUAACAUUAUUAUAAUUAUCUCGUCAAAUGUAAUUCUGUGGAUCUAUUCAGAGUCGAUAGCUGUGUCUAUUUUGGGGAAAGAACGGCGUCUCCAGUGCCGUGAGCUGAUAGAGUCCAUCAACUCGGUUCUAACGCAGAAAAACAUCCAUAAGGGUUUACAGAUUAUGCUUGGUAGAUAUAUAGAGCUUCAAUGGAUAUCGAACUCGGCGAUAGCGAUUGAAAAAACAAAGGAAAGCAAAGCGAGUGAAGUUAUAUCGCCGAUGCUGAAAGAGAAAUUCGAUCUCCUGAAACGAACCACGGUAUGCAAAGUUCCGUUUUUUCAAGAAAUGGAACCUGAACUCCUUGAGAAAGUUAUAGAUGCUUUCAGCUUGUACACUGUUCCAAGGGGAUUUAUAUUUUGUCGGUCAGGAGAACAUUCAUCGAGUUUUAAUAUUUUGAUAAAAGGGUACUGUAAUGUGACUUCUAUGAUGCGGGAGGAUGUCCGCCAGUUUCCUGACGGGAAACAGGUGGGGCCGGACGCCUUUUUCCCCCUCAUGGAAAUACUACUCAACAGUCAAUGCUUUCAGACCGCUAUCAGUGUGACAGAAUGCAAAGUGGCAACUAUAGAAGUGUUCAAAUUGAGAGAACUCAUUUCUCAAGACAUGUUCAUUCUAAACGACAUAAGGAACGCCUCAUCGCCGGCCGAGAAAGACGUGGAUAUCGUUGUGAGCAAAACAAAAUACCGUCGAGAACGAAUCAAAAGUCGAAACUUUGUUUGGCUGAGCAACCGAGAGAGAGUGAGCAGCUCUAAAAAGACUUCAUCGUUUAGCGCUUUCAUGCAAUACUGUAUGCUUCCUUUCAUGAUUGAGCCCAACAGUCCGUUCAAUCAUGUCUACGAGGGCUACAAACUAGUUCGAGUCUUCAUGUCAAUAAUAUAUUUUUCAAGCUACUACACACUGUUCUGUUUCCUGGGCGAUACAAGGAUCAAUAUUGGUUUGAUGUUUGAUGUACUCGCAAUUAUCGAUGUCUAUAUUUCCUUCAAUGUUGGACGUUAUAAUAAAGAUGGCCUGUUGAUUAGUUCACCACAAUACUAUCUGGAACACGCAUUUGCAGUUGAUUUCCUAUCAUGCCUGCCAAUCUAUUUCAUAUUGGAGGACUUUAAACUGGAGGUGAGGUUCUAUUCAUUACUUUCGUUGAAGGUGUUGCAAAUAUAUCGAUUGUAUGGGUAUUUGACGGCUCUGAGGGUGGUAUACGAUAAUCAUGUGAUUAAGCUGAGUAUGAUGAGUUUUGUUUUGCACUGGACGUUGAUUGGUUGUUGCAUUUCUAACGGGUUUUUUGUGCAUUCUUGCGAUGUGAAUUGCGAAGGAGGACAACAGAUUCCAAUGUGUAGAAAGCUAUCCUGGUAUUCAACUAAUGAAUAUUACAGUCAGUCGGAAAGUGUUUUCGAACUAGUACUGUUCAGCUACAUCAUGCUAUUGACCAUGUUUUUGGGGAAUUCUCAUAAUGCGUUUCGUGUGACCAGACGGUCGGAAGCUAUCAUUGUUGUUCUGAUAGCUAUAGCUUCAUCUGCAAUCCGUGUCUUCUAUAUCACGAAAAUUGGGAGCUUGAUGAUUGGAGGUCAAGUACAUUUGCGGAAAUACAGUGAAAAUAUCAAGUUGUAUUGGCGAUUUAUUGCUGACCAGGGCGGGGAUAGGGCAGUAGCCAACAAUAUUUACAACCACUUCCAGUACGACCACGCGCGCUCCAAAGGCCUUGACAUGAGAAGCUACCUAGACAGUUUGCACCCAACCAUCCGCAUGGAUUUGGCAUUUGCACUCUACUAUAGAGCCAUAGAAAUCCUGCACCAGUUUGUCGGCGAGAACCGCUCCUUCAUGAAACUGAUCGCCAACGUGCUAGUGGAGGGCUACUACAGGAAAGGAACAACUAUAAUCAACAGAAACCAGUUGAACGACAAAAUCUACUUCGUGUCACAAGGCUCAAUCGACGUGUAUGAUGAUGACGAUCAGGUGUACAAGUCUCUAGGGAGAGGCUCAAUGUUCGGUUCGUUCAGUAUUUCGGGAAAAUCUCGUCACCGACGCACAUUCAAAUCUCGUCUUCACUCCAAUCUACUGGAGGUGAGCUCAUCUGCGUUCUACAUGCUGUUCAGACAAUACGAUUCCGAUAAAGAGAAAAUAUUCGAAGAUGAUGCAAAUACCAGAGAAUAUUUUGAAUACAGAUCGGAUAUCAGUUGGAGUGAUUUCACAGAAGAUGAUGAGUCUGUAGAGAUGAGGGAUAACAUGUUACACAAGAACAGUCACUUUCAUCAGUGGUUGAUGUUUGUAUUGUCUUCUCUGUUGCCGUAUUUGACUCUGUUCCCUGUGUUGUACUCGAUCGCUACCGAUCAUGUCAAUGGCAAAACGUUGAUCAUAAUAAUCUAUGUUCUAGAUGUGAUAUCACUGAUGCGAAUCUACAUCGGAAUGAACACUACAUUCUCGGACGAGAACACAGGCCGACUGAUCACUAAUAAGAAGACGAUCCGACUGAACUAUGUGCUGGACAAGAUGGGGUUGUGGCUGGAUGUUGCCUCAGUGGUGCCAAUUGAACUGAUGGUGAAUGUUGUGACAGGUGGACCAGUGCUGCCCAUUCUGAGGGCCAACCGUCUCCUGCGUCUAAUUAUGUUGCUAGAUUACGUGUUGCAACAUAGGGAGAAACACUACAUCAAAUCGUGGCUACGCUGGCAGGAGAUCAUAAUCUACAUGACUGUUCUCCCCUUCACAUUCGUCUGCUUCUGGAUGUGCUUUGCUUGCGGUGAAACCGACUGUAAUUUCAAGGCCAACAACCAAUGGUUGACUAAUCUGACCCCUGUAGAAAUGUUCGUGAUAACUACUGACAAGGUGGUUACAUUGCUAACCAUGAUGCCAAGCUUCACCUACAAGAGCCCUGUCUCCAACCAGGAGUGCAUAAUGAUGAUCAUAUCGUUGAUGAUAGUUUUCCUGCUGCUUCCGUUCGCCAUCGGUCAUUUCACCCAGGUGUACGAAGCGGCCGACUUCCAGAAGAAGCUCUACCAGUACAAACUGGACUGUAUGAAGUCGUUCCUCCAGAUCCGAGACUUGUCGGAUUCUCUCCUGCAGGCUCUCUGGUCCUACUCGUUGUUGUUCUGGAGGACAAACCACGGCCAAACUUAUCCCGACUAUGUGGAGAAAGCGCCGCUCAAUUUGAAGUCGCAGCUGCUGUGUGAUUUGUAUGGGGAUCACUUGAAGUUCAACGCUCUUUUCGACGACUGCUCCAGUGAUUUCAUCAUACAACUCUCGCAGAGACUGAAGAGAGCCGUGUAUUUUCCAGGGAACUUUCUCAUACGCAAGUAUGACGUGGAUGAACGCAUGUACUUCAUCAACUCGGGAGAGGUGGAUGUGGUGGAGUUCGACGACUUGCAUAUGGAAGUUGAUCAGAAUAUUCAUAUAACCGGAGAGUGCUUUGGGCUGGCGCAAGGGCUGUUCGAUAGGACACCGCAUUUGGCCUACUACAAAGCGCGAAACACUGUUGAAGUGCUUCACUUGCAGAAAAGUGACUGGGAAGAUCUGCUUGACGCUUUUCCUCAAGAAAAACUGAAAAUUUACAGGAAUGCUGAUAGAUUAGAUUUGUCAUCCAUUGACUAGAUUACAAUAAACUGAAAAUUCACAGAAAAUAUCAGAAUCGAUUAGAUUUGUCAUCUAUAGACUAGACUACAAUAAAAAAUAUCUGUUGUUGAAAAAUCUGUUGACAUGCAAAUAUAACAUUAUUCGUUUAUCAACUUGUAAUAAAUAAUAAUUUUAUGAUAUCUUAUUAGAUACCAGGUGAUUUCGUGACAAGGAUGACCAUCAGCUUAGCGAGCAGCUGUCUCAGUUAUUUCCCACAA